AUGUUGGGAGCACAAGUUUUUCAUGACUGUGAGCAGUACCUUGGUUUACCCAUGAUUGCCGGAAAGUCUAAGACAAACACCUUUAAAGGUGUGAGGGAAAAAAUUUCAAAGAAGGUAACCGGGUGGAAAGAGAAGUUUAUCUCAAAGGCGGGGAGAGAAAUACUCAUAAAAACUGUUGCCCUGGCGGUACCAACGUAUACAAUGAGUAUUUUCAAAAUACCGAAGCAAGUAUGUGAGGAUAUCAAUUCUAUCUUGGCUCGAUAUUGGUGGGGUCAGCUAAAGAAUGAGAAGAAGGUUCAUUGGAUGAGUUGGAGCAAGCUGUGCAAGUCGAAGAAGAUGGGCGGAAUGUGUUUUCGGGAUUUACACGCUUUUAAUUUAGCCUUACUCGCUAAACAAGCAUGGAAACUGGUCCAGAAAACGGACUCUCUGUUUUACCGUAUUUAUAAAGCCAGAUACUUUCCAACCACUACGUUUUUGGAUGCUGAGAUGGGCCACAAUCCAUCGUAUGUUUGGCGCAGUCUACUCUCGGCGAGGGAGGUAAUCUUGGCUGGUUCAAAGUGGCAGGUGGGCAAUGGUGAAACCAUAAAAAUUUUGUCCCAUGAAUGGCUCCCUCAACCCCCGGAACUGAUUGGAGAUAUACUGGAAGAUAUGUGCGUGAAGGAGCUUAUUGAUCAACAAACGAAGCAAUGGGAUCGAGGUAAAGCGAAUACUCUGUUUUCUGAAGCUACUCGCCAAGAAAUUUUGGCGAUACCUCUCACACGGGUAGAGGAAGAGGAUAGAGUGAUUUGGAAGGCAAAUAAGGUCCAUGACUUCUUUGUUAAGUCUGCUUACUAG